UCAAGUCUCGAACGACAAACAAGCAAAUAAACAGCUGACAGUAUUUGCUUUCGGUAAUUUCUUUUUUAACAAAAAUUUCGAUGUGAGAUGGAGCAAAUAAAUGAAGAUGUUUGGUUAGAUAUACUAAAGUACCUGCCAAUGAGAGAUCAGCUUUCGCUGGCCGAAGUCAACGAGAAUAUAUCGACAUACGUGAAGUAUCAAUGGCGUCAUCUCAAAAAAGUGACCCUGGCCCGCGAGGAUCUGGAAUUCCUGGACAAUAAUAAGAAGCUGAUGCAGGAAUGUGUGGGCGGCUGGUCGGCAACGGUGGAGCAUCUCUAUUUGCCAAGUGCCAAGAUUGAGAUGCUUGUAAAGUGGACGGAAUACGACUUUCCCCACCUCCGAUCGCUGGAGUGCCACAUGGACUACAAUCUCGAGGAGGCGGACGAGGAGACCCUUCAGCUAACCGAGUUGUUUCCUCUCCUGACCAAGUUAUCACUCAAUAGCAGCACAACAGGUCGUUACUUGUGGCACUGGAAGCAUUUAAAGGAGUUGAAUCUCACCUGGUGUGAAUACCUGGACCCGGACCAUUUCAAAGAGAUCUUUGGCAGCCUACAGCUGACCAAGAUGACUAUGCUCUACUACGGAUACAACGUGAACCUGGGCGAAAAUGUUGUGGAUAUAACGCGGUGCACCACGCUUGAAGAGCUGCACAUCGAUGACCACCAUUUGCUGGGUUCUUUCCUGCCCCGACUGAUGAAUCUGCCACACUUCCGCCGCUUGGUCUUUUACACACGGGACUACUAUGAGUAUGUGCUAGGUUGGGUGGCCAGGCACAAGCCUCUAAAGGUUCAAUCGCUUCUCUUCAACGACUCUUUCUGGAGCAGUGAACGAGUGGCGGAAAGUAUACUGCACAUGACCAAUCUUCGUCGGCUGGUCCUGCAGGAGGAUGACAUCGAUGCGCAGCAGCUGCACACCAUCUGCCACAAGUUGCCAAGAUUGGAGGAGCUGCACCUUUUGGCAAUGCGAGAAGUUCCGUCUCCGAGCCACCUGUGGAACUCCAUAGGUCAUUGCCAUCUUCUUAGGAUCCUUAACCUAUCGUCUACCAAGCUGAGCAGUAAGUCAGUGGAUCUCAGAAACUCCUGUCUGACAAAAGUUCUGCUAAGUCGCAGGAUUCCGCUGACCCUGCAUCUCCACAACACUGGAUUGGCUCCUAGUAAAGUUAUACGGGAUUUGGAUAGUGCCUCUUUGAAAAUCUCCUUUGAACCCAUCCAUUUGAAUAUUUGGAGUUCGCGAUUUGUGGAAAUCGAAUUCAGUCCAGACUCGUAGUAGUCAUUUGAAAAACCUAAAUGACAUUUCUACCUCAAUCCGUCCAGUAUACAAAUAUGCGUAUAUAUCCUGAUACAGAUAUAUACCCUUUGUAAGGGUAUAGAGUCAAAUAGCUUACCAAAACAAUAAAAUACUGUCUACCUUCCCAGA